AAGAAGAAGAAUGUUGAUCUGCGGAAAGUUGGACCAAGUCGUGUACUUUUUGCUCGUCUAUUUUCGACUUAGCAAGCUGUUAUAAUAUGGAUGUUUUUCAGUGACAACAGUCUAGAUACUUUUUAGUCAAAGGCUUUUAGUUUCACGCUGAUAAAAUGUCUAAUUCGCUAUCAAUUCGGUUUCAGCUGAGCUCCAUACUGGAGAUAAUGACUAAAACCGCAAUAGAGGAAAUAUGCGGUAUUGUAGAAAGCAAAGUUGCGCUUCUACGUCAAGAACUGUCAUUUGUCAAGAGUGAAAACAGAAUUCUUAAGGACAGAAUGCUUUCCCUCGAGACCACAGGCAAAGCAGAAAGCACGUGCAUGGCAAAAGAAGAAACUGGUUUAACAUAUCGAUCUGUUUGUGUUCAAACUGAAGAUGGAGUGCGGCUCUCUAUCAACGGGAUAUUUGGAAAUGAAUGGUGCUCCAGUAUGUGGGAUCAGAGGAAACAGCCUAGAGAAGAUGAGCUGUCAGGCGAUGUCGACCCGUAUCCUGCAUCACCUUACAAGGACAAAGAAAACACCUGCUCGAACCAAGCCCUAAUCAAAGAGGAGAACACCCAUGAAGUGGACACAUAUGCCAACUAUAGGGAUAUAUCCCAAGCAUCAGAAAGACACUUGAACUCUUCUGAAUGUGAACCCCAAAAAUAUAACAACCACGCGUCUAAUGAAAACCUAAGCAGGCCUUCCGAUUCCCCAAACGAACACGCUGAAACUGUUGUUGAUAACACUGUGAAACUAUUUAUACCUCCGGUUGAAGAUCCAUUGGAAUUUGAUGAUCACUGUUUACUCGACACAUUUUCAGAAGAGCACAACGCCCCGUUUCCCUCUGAGGACGAGGAUGAUGGUAUGUUAAUAGAACAAUGUGCAGAUACUGCCACCGCUGCAGAAAAUGAUGAAAGCAGAAUCAAGACACGGGAACAACCAGGGAAGACAGAAAAGCCACUGAGGCUCACAUUAAAUCGCUAUAUUAAAAAGGUGUUUCUUUUCCAAAAUGCCCCCAAACACCAGGAUACACGAACCAAAACUCACGCUGUGGUCCACACAGGGGAAAGGCCUUAUAAAUGCCGUUUUUGUGGGAAAGGGUUUUCCACUAAAGGUAUUUUAGGAACUCAUGAACGCGGCCACACAGGAGAAAGACCAUUUAUCUGUGUAACCUGUGGAAGAGGUUUCACCCAGAAGUUCUGCCUAAACAAUCAUGAACGCAUCCACAGCGGAGAACGACCUUUUACUUGCCAAACUUGUGGAAAGGCAUUCGCUCAGAGCGCCACACUUGGUAACCACUUACUUGUUCAUAACAAACGAGAAAAAAACAAACCCAGAAAGAAGAAAUCAAAGAAACUGGUGAAUUUAUAGCAUUUAAUACGCUUUCUUACAUUUUCUUUUUAAAAUAGAAAAUGUGUAUAGACUGAUGUUUCUGUGAUGGACUAUCAACAGGGGUUUAGUCAAAUAUGAACAGCCGGUUCAACAUACUGGUAAUAAAUACAUCCUGAGAAUUCUAAAGAGCAUCUUAACAUGUUUGUUCAAAUGAACACAUUUAGACACUUUUUAAGAAAGCAUUGUUUCAUACUGUAUAUACUGUAGGUAACAGCAUGCAGAAGCUUCCGUCGAAAACAUUUGAACACUUUUCUUAGUCAUACAGUAGAUAUCCGUGAACUUAAAUAGACUUUUAAUCCAGCAGUAAUCUUUAAAAAUAUUCAUUUUAAAGGUUCGAUGGGCAGAAUAACACAGUGUUCUGUAACAGCAUCAUUAGGUCUUGAAUUCAGAAAUCCUUCACCGCAGAACGUAUUAGUCGAACACACAGGUGUGUAUUAAAACCAUGUUUGUAUGUAUAACUUUUACCACAUUCGACACAACUAUAAGGCUUUUCUCCAGUGUGACUUCGGAGGUGAACGUUAAGAGCACUUUUUUGAGCAAAACUCUUUCCACAGUCCAUGCACGUGUACGGCCUCUCGCCAGAAUGAAUGCGCUGGUGUUUUCUGAGAUAUGUUUUCUGAGCGAAGCGUCGGCCACAGACUGUACAGGCAAAAGGUUUUUCUCCGGAGUGUGUCCGCAUGUGUGUUUUCAGAUAACUUAACUUGUUGAAGGCUCUUCCACAGAAUACACAUUCAAACAUUUUCUCUUCUUUAUUACUUGUUUGGUUUUGGGUAGUGUUGAAAUGAAGCUCUGUUGUACCGUCUCCAUGUGAUAAAGGUCUUGCAUCAAGAGCUUGUUCUUCAGCUUGUCUCUGCUGUAUGUCCGCUCGCACUUGGUCAUCUGAGGGUAUCGUGUAUGUGAUAAAAUCUGCACACCUCUCAUUGCUUCUCACAUCG